AGCCGCCUCAGCAACGCCAAUCGCUCCGAAGCUACGGAUGGCCCAUAGAGGGAAGGGGGCAGCGGCCUCGCCGCGGAGGAAGCUCGGACCGAAGCUGGAGCUCAGCGCGGCUCACAAGCAGCAGAUGCGCGAGGCCUUCGACCUGCUGGACGCGGACGGGACCGGCACCAUCGACGUGCGGGACCUGAAGGUGUCCAUCCGCGCCCUGGGCUUCGACCCCACCAAGGAGGAGCUGCGGCGGGUCGUGGGCGAGGUGGACAAGGAGGGCGCGGGCAAGAUCGGCUUCGACGCCUUCUACUCCGUGAUGGCCCAGAAGAUGUCCGAAAUCGAUUCCAAAGAGGACAUCCUGAAGGCUUUCAAGCUCUUCGUGGACAAGGACAGCGGCAGGAUCGCCUUCAAGAACCUCAAGCAGAUCGCGGCUGAGAUCGGGGAGAAUCUCACCGAUGAAGAGCUGCAGGAAAUGAUUAACGAAGCCGACCUUGAUGGCGACGGGGAGGUGACCGAGCAGGAGUUCCUGAAAGUCAUGAAGAGGCGCGAUUACUAGGCAAUACAUUGUAUGAGGCCAGCCACAACUUCCCAGGCUGAACGAGGAUCCUUCCUGGCUGAGGAGCAUCUGGCAAUCGCAAGAGACAACAGAGUCCCCUUCAGCAGCAGGGAACCCACUAAAAAUCACAAGCCCGGGAAUCGCCUGAGAUUUUGUGAUGGGGCAAAAUGUCCAUAAAACUGGGAGGGGGGGUUAGCAGGUGAGAGCGGUUGGCCGCUCCGUUCUGAGGGUUUGCAAAAAUUUCCACUGAAGGGGGAGGGGCAGCUCUG